CUCAUCAGUAUGUAUUUUAUUUUAUCGGUCUAUCAAAGUUAAUUGUCGAAAAUGAGUGAAAACAAUGAACAAAUAAUAUGGACCAUAAAAAACGGAGAAUUCGAUGCAGUGCAAAGCACUUUUCAAAAUGAUGUCCAAAAAGUAAACCAGGAAAUAAAAGGAAGGUUUCCCCUCCACUAUGCGGCUGAUUUUGGACAGCUUAAAGUAUUAAAAUUUCUUAUUGAAAUGGGAGCCGAUGUAAACAAAAGCGAUAAACAUGGCAUUACGCCAUUAUUAGCUGCAGUGUGGGAAGGACAUACAAGUUGCGUUCAAUUACUAUUAGAAAAGGGGGCAAACAAAAAUGGUUCCACACCUGACGGCCAGAGCUACUUGGAGGCAGCGGAAAAGGAAGAAAUAAGGAACCUUCUAUUUAAGGCAUAAAAACAGUAUAUUUUGAUAAUAAAAAUAUUCCGAUUUAUGGGUAUCCGUCUUUAAAAA